AAAAGAAAAACUACAUGACAUGAUGGCAUUGAAUAAGAAAGGAUGGGCGAGACCUAUAACAAUUGCCAUAGUAGCAAUAGUAGUAACCAUUUUGGUACUCAAUGUUAUGUCAAUUAAAUCGGAAUCUACUCUAUCCAAUAACAAACUGGAGGCUCCUUCCAAUGAUAACGAAAGCAUCGACAAAUUUGUCUUUGCCAGAAAUCAUCUGUCAUAUAAACUGAACAUUGCUAGGAGAGAAAUUGGGAAAUUGGAGUGUGAGAUGUCAAAAGGGAAAAAAAUAACAAGUAACCAUGGAGGGUGGUGCAAAGAUGCUAGCACUGAAACCGGUGGCCAACAUCUUACAGACAAACCAUUUAUUCCGCUCCUGUCCUCUUUUCUCAAAGAUAAAACAGUGGGGAGUUUCGGAGAUGGUCCUGGAGCAUACAAACGUGAAAUCACGAAACUACAAGAAGUUCGUUUGUAUGACGCUUAUGACGGUGCCCCAUAUUCGGAGGAAAACAGUAAAGGCACUGUUAAGUUUCUCGAUUUAACAAUACCUCAGUAUGGAAUUCCUGUUUAUGAUUGGAUUAUUUCGUUAGAAGUGGCAGAACAUAUUCCACAGGAAUUUGAGGCAGUUUAUUUAGACAAUAUCUUUCGACAUGCAAAAGAGGGAAUUAUUUUAAGCUGGGCAGUACCAGGUCAAGGUGGACUACAACAUGUUAAUAAUAAACCAUUAGAAUAUGUCAUACAGGUAAUGGAGAAAAAUGGUUUCGUCAGAAACGAUAAUUUAUCAAAGAAGUUGCAAAAGGCAGCCACAUUUCCAUGGCUUAAAAGAAAUAUCAAUGUAUAUCUUAGGACAAAUUAUAGUACCUUUGAUUCUGAGAAAAGACUUGUGCAGUGGUUUAGUUGAAAACAACAUUGUCUUUGAUACCUCAGACUUAUUUUUAUAUUUCAAUUGAUGCCAAUACUUUGAAAAACUUAAAUGAUGUCCUUUAUCUUUACACCUCAUCAAAUUUCAUAUCGAUGACCAACACUUGCACAAUUUGAGAUUUCCCCAAUCUUUUCAGUAAUUUACCAACUUUACUUGCAUACUAGAUACACAUUUCCCAACUUAUUCGAUAUCCUAGAGGUGGCGGCUGCUACUCAGACUUUAUAAAUCGAGAGUUGAUGAACCAUAGUAAGUCAAAGAAUGUCUAGUCAUUUUUCUAAAAAAGUUAAUCAACAGAUACAUAGACCUUGUUGAUAAAUAUAAAUUUUAAAAAUAAUACUGGAUGGUUUUGAAGUAUAGAUUCUAGGUACUUACGUUGUUUGUCAUCUUUAUCAUGUGUAAAAGUGUUCUUUCUUUUUCUAGUCUUCACAAUUUGUCCAUCCUUUUGUCUUUGU